AACUGAAGGUGUGCAUGAAGAAGACAAAGAGGCUGACAUCCGCGUGCGAAGGAACGUCGAAAGCUGGCUUAAUUAGCACGUCGGCUGCGACUAAUCCCCACUUACGGAUUCUAUUACUUCACACUCAAAGUUUCUAAAAAGGGGCUUCAAGAAAUUAGGAAGCGAGAAACAUGUCACGGCAGCCGACAACCACAACGGGAGCAACACAGAAGGGACCUAGACCAAAAAUGCAACAGCCAACUGUACAAACCGGUGUUGUUUGUCCUCCAGGACUGGAAUACUUGUCGGUCCUCAACCAGUUGAUCAUCAAGCAACAGAUAGAACUACUUGAAGUGCUCGCGGGCAUCGAGACCGCGAACAAAUACAUCGCCUGCAAUAACCAGGGCCAGUCUGUAUACUUCUUAGCAGAAGUAAGUGGCUUCUGUACCCGAUGCUGCUGCGAUGCAAACCGAUGCUUUGAUAUGCACGUGUAUGACACCCAGAACAGAGUGGUUAUGAAGUUUCAACGACCACUGCGAUGCCAGAGCAACUACCGAGGCGGUUGUUGCUGCUUUUUACAGGAGGUGGAAGUGCAAGCACCACCCGACCACACGAUAGGCUUCGUCAACGAAGAGUGUUCUUUCUGCCGACCAUCGUUCACCAUCAACGACAGAAGCGGGAAGCCUGUGAUACGCGUGCAAGGCCCAUGCAUCACGCAGAGUAUCCCAUGUGCAUGUGACGUCAUUUUUUCGGUCCUGACACUGAGUGGUAACCAGAUCGGCAUGAUCACGAAGCAGUUUUCAGGAGCCCUGAGAGAGUUGUUUACAGAUGCGGACUUCUUUUGCGUCACAUUUCCCAUGGACCUGGAUGUCCAUGCGAAGGCCUGCUUAGUCGCAUGCGCAAUUCUGAUUGACUUCAUGUUCUUCGAAAGCCCCAGGAAUGAGUAGGGCGGCAUCAAUAUGAGGCGUUCUGUAGGGUGCUCAUUGUCAAACCCUUCCUGAUUAUUGGCCAUGCUGUGUGGACGUUCGCAAGCCACGCAUGCCACAGACAGCUCUAGAUAACGAAUACCCUGCAUCGAGGCUGCACUGACGUAGAUAAAUGGUAUUCUGCUCUCGCAUACCACGGCGCACGACCUAUACGUUGGAAAGACCGACCUUUCCGUCAAAUUAAACGAAUGUUUCGUUGUAAAAGAAAAUUUGCUAUUAAAUAAGUGUUCUAUAUGGUGCA